AUGCAAAGAAAGGUGGAGAAACUGAUUCACCGAAUAGAAGACCAACCUUCAACACCUCAUUUUAUAUCAUCACAAGUGGCUGACGGACCAAGUUAUCUACUUGAACUGGUUAAGUAUGAAUAUAUACGAAAUAGUCGUAUUGAACGUUUCAUGAAUCCAGCCAAAUCUUUUCCAAUCGAACAAAGUUACAUCAAUUUGGCCAUAGUACAAACUAAAGACCAGCAAGAAAAAGAAAAGAAGCUUCGUGAUUCUCAGCACAACGAUGCGAUUAUAGAAGCAUUUGAAAACAUUCAUGGUACCAAGACUCCAAUAGAUGUCAAAGAAAUUUUCAAAACAUGCAAGGAUAAAAGAAGGAAUGUACUCGUAUUCGGUCGAGCUGGCAUUGGAAAAUCAACAUUUUGUCGAUACAUCGCCUAUCAAUGGGCAACUGGUAUCAUUUGGCAGGAAUAUGAACUGAUUGCUUUGAUUCCAUUGCGUUCCUUGACAGCAGACCGCUAUCCUAUAUUACCAGCUGGUGCCAACUAUUCUUUAAUAGACGUUCUGAGAAAAGAGUGCUUUUCUUUCGAUCAAUAUCUAUCAGAAAAAGAUGAAAAACAAUUGCAAGAACAGUUUUACAACAGUCGCAUUUUGUGGCUUUUAGAUGGAUAUGAUGAAAUCGGACAAAAUGUACCUACACAUAUUCGACGUUUGUUGAAUGAUCAAUUACUCAAGACCCCACAUCAUAUCAUAACAUCUCGGCCAUACAUGAAUACUUUACCGCAUUCUGUACAAUUAGAAAUUACAGGCUUCACAGAUGAUAAUAUUUCUAAGUAUCUCAAACAGUUCUUCCAGGACAUCGGAAAUGAAACACAGAAUUCAUCUGCUGAAGAUGAAAAAAUACUACGCUUUCUCAAACGUAAUCCUAGGAUUUGGGGUAUUGCACACAUUCCCAUUAAUCUAGAGCUCAUUUGUAGUGUUUGGAGCAAUACAGAUUGGGCAACAAUGGAAACAAUGACGAUAACGAUGCUGCGAGAAGCAUGCGAAACACUGAGUCAUAUAGCUGAAAAAUCAACAACAAACGACGUAAUCGCAGCUCUGGUGGCUGCACUGGGUGGUACCAAUAAUACUCUUAGAAGUAAGGCAUGUGAAGUACUCGGCCAGAUGGGUGAAAAAGCAGCGACGAAAGAGGUGAUUGCAGUGCUGAUGACCGUACUAGGAGAUACCGAUAAUAUUGUCAGAGAGAGAGCAUGUGAAGCUCUCGGUCAUAUGGGUGUAAAAGCAGGAACGAACGAUGUGAUCACAGCGCUGAUGAAAGCAUCAUGUGAUCGACAUCAACAUGUCAAUCCCUAUGCACUUAAAGCGCUCCGUCAGAUAUGUCAAACAGCAGCAUUACACGACGUCAUCCCGGUGCUGGUGACCGCAUUGGAAGAUGUUAAUGAAGGAGUUAGAAGUAACGCAUGUCAAGUUCUCGGCCAGAUGGGCGAAAAAGCAGCAACGAGCGAAGUGAUCGCAGGUCUAAUUACCGUACUGAGAUUUGCGGGUCGUUAUAUCAGAGGAGAAGCAUGCAAAGCGCUCGGUCAGAUGGGUGAAAAAGUAGCAACAGACGAUGUACUCGCAGCGCUGGUGGCCGCAUUAAGAGAUGCGGAUGAUAAUGCUAGACAGCGAGCAUGUGUCGCUCUCUGUCGGAUUUGUAAAAGAGGAGCAACAAACGACAUAAUUGUAGCGCUGGCGGCGAGACUGUGGGAUGCGAAUUGGAUUAUCAGACUUAGCGCAUGUGACGCUCUCGGCCAGAUGAGUGCUAAAGCAGUAACAAACGACGUGAUUAUAGCGCUGGUGAACACACUAGGAGAUGUGAAUGAAGACGUCAGACAGAGGGCAUAUGAAGCCCUCAGUUGCAUCAGUGAAAAAGAAGUAACGAACUACAUGAUGGCCUUGUUAGUAGAUGCAUUAAAAGAUGAGAACACCAGACAGAAGGCGUGUGAAGCUCUUGGUCGAAUCGGUGGUAAAGCAGCAACAAGUAGCGUUAUUAACGGACUAUUAUGUAUUGAUGAUUAUUAUGCUUACGCAGCAGUGGAAAAUAUUCUGAUUUCUGCGUCCUCGCUGUCUGAUAUAGAUUCGAAUACAGUUUUGAAAUUAUUUGAUUUCUGGAAGCAGCAGGAAUGGCGGGUACGUGAUAUACCUAUAGAAAAGAUUAUGGAAGCGUACGUGUGUACAAAAAUUGCUCAAUGGUGCCCUAUUAUUGGUUUGCAUACCCUUCGUACCGCUUGUGGUAUUACUAUUGUUGGACAAAGGGUUAUUGUUUACGGCAACUCUAAUCCAGUAGCGUUUGACAUGCCGAGUUGCACACUUUGUGAUGAUUUAGCUAAUGUUUUUGCUAAUCAGAGUGGUUUACUUAAGCAGGACUUUGCAUAA